GCAACGUGACCAGGAAGUUGAAGCUCAGAGGACAGUGGAGGAGACGGUUCUCUUUUUUUUGGCAAAUAAAACGAGCUUCUCGCCCACAUGACUUUUUCAGAGUUUCAGAAUUGUAUUGCCAGGACCUCAAUGUAACAUCUCCACCGCGAUACCAGGAUGUCUGAAUCCAUGAGAGCCAGUUCAGCGCCAAGUUCAUCGAGGCCGGAGCAAGAACUGGACACCAGAGUGGCGGAACUGAAUUUUCACAUCCCAGUGGAGAAUAGAAAGAUACAGCUUCCUCCUGUCAACAACCAGAUCCCAGAUGAACUGCUGGUCAGCCUUACCUCCACAGUCUGCAACAGGAGCACACAAGGGCACACUGCCCACCAAAGGCACUGCAAGGGCUGUGGAAUCAGACGGCCGGAUCCAGUCUGGCAUCACCCUCUCGGACGCAAGAAAUACAAAUACUUUCUGGAGCAGCCAACAUCCCUGACUGGAGCUGGCAGGGAUAUUUCGUUCCUGUGUGAUGCUAUGGUAACCCAGAGGAAGACGUCACACCUGCCACCACUGACUGACAGGAGUGACACUAGCGACACUCAUUCUGUCUUUCAGAACUUAAAUGUCUCAGGUAACCUGAUCCCAGAAGAAUAUCACAUUGUGAAAAACAAAGGGCUGCGGAGCCUUGAGUUCUAUGAGGAUGCAUUCACAGUGCAGCUGCAGGAUGAUGAGCAGAAGCUACGGGUAUUCCCUUCACUGAAGCCCAGUGGCAGACUGGAAGUGGUCCAGCUGAUGAGGAUGAUGGACGACAUGCUGGUGAAAGCCGGAGUAGAUCAGCAGAGUGAGGAGCUGACUGAGCUCUCCCAGAUGGAGGGUCUGCUGGAGCUGGUGCAGGUUGAGCAGAACAUCUACAACAUUGUUUUCCAUGAAAUGAUCAGGCAGGUCAGUGUGAGCUGUGCUGAGAGAGGACAGCUGCUUGCCAAACUCAGACAACGCUACCAGUCCCUGCUUGAGCGAAUCCCCUGUCGUCUGAAGGCUCUGCAUACUGAGGCAGUGGCGCAGCGGGCUCUGGACCGCCGGCUCAUAGAGGAAAUCAACCGCAUCAAGACAUCCAUCCAGCAGCUCAGCAUGGAGCUGUCCAGAAUCAGAGACCAUGAUGCCCUUGUUUCCCAGCAAGCAGAGCGCGCUCACCGACAGCUGGCUGCGGCUCUCGAUCAGACUCACACCAACGCAGAUGUGGUCCAGGGUUACCACGAGCUGUAUGAGCUGCAGAGGGGUCGCCUCGAGGCUCAGCUGCUCCAGAUGACUGCGGAGAGAGACUAUUGGAGCCAGUUCACCUUCUGCCUUGCCCUCAAGGUGAUCAGUGUGAAGAAGCUGCUUCUUAUCAGUCAGCUGCAUAUCAGUGAGCAGAGCUGGUCCAAGACAGCAGAGCACUGCAGCCUUUACCUCACUUCAAAGGACACAGAGAACCUAAAAAUCAUCGUGGAGCUUAGUGAUUACUGGAAAAAGCAGCUGACUGCUUUCAUGUCCCAGCUGAAGAAAACUGACCAUGCUCACUGUGAACAGAUCAGUGCCGUGCUGCAAGGCAUCGCCAAGUGGCUCGCCUUCUGCUCCACACAAAACAAGUGUCCUGACCCAAAAUCUGAAAAAGCUUCAUUGGAAAAAAUGCAUGCUGAUUUGAAGAAGUGGUCAAGUAUUUUGGCCCUCCAGUGUGAGUACUUCCAAGGUGAGAAGCUGCUUUGCCGCCAGCAGACGCUGGGUGAGCUUGGCAGUGUCCAGGAAAGAUGGCUGAAUAUGAGCCUUCAGCUGUUCAGAAGGCACCCUUCUCCAGUUGGUGAACCCCCUGGAGCCCAGCAGGCCCAAAGGGAGCUGGACUGGGUCAUUUCUGAGCACCUCAAAAAGCUGGAUGUGCAAGUCAGUGGAGAGAGUGGGAUCCAUGGAAAGAUUGCGUCUCUGCUCGGGUUGAUGGAGUCCUGGGUUUCCAAACUUGGCACAGGGAUUAGCCGGCCAGAAAUGAUGUCUGUCUCUGAUUGGCUGAAGCUGGAGAAGGCACUGUGCAAUUGGAAACGUUUGGCUGAAGAAGCCUUGCAGAACUACUCCAGCAUGCAGACAGAGACUGAAAAAGACAAAAACAAGGCAGACAUAUAUGCAGAGGCAGAAAAUGUGUUAGACAAAGUGCAGUGCUUCAUAACCAGCCUUUCCAACUUCAUUGAUGGUGAGAACCAGAGACUCAUUGAGGAAGUCAGUUCUAUCCACAAGGCUCAGACCCACUGGAUUUUGGAUCUGUUGCUCCUCAUGGUACCUGACCAUAGCGAGGACCAGAACCAAGAACAGGAACACCACAACAUUAUGAUGAUCUCAAUACAGACUCUGGAUGAGGAUGCCAAGAUGCUGGCUGAGAAACUGGACUAUUUUACCAGAUACAUCACCAGCUCUUGCAAGCUGAUUCUGGAGGAACAGAUUCUGCAGAACCCACAUGCUGUUGAGGGUAAAAAUGAGAUGGAUGAGUACAGAAGGCUGCAGAGGGACUGCAUUGAUAUUGUGGAGACCUGUAUAAUCCUGCUGUCAGGAGUGAAAAGCGGCCCUGUGGAGCCGCUUGCCAGACAGGCUGACCCCGCCUCCAGCAGUGAUGCCCUGGCCUAUCCAGCAGACAGCAUGGUGAAUGUGGUCAACAAAGAGGUUUCAGUAGAGCCUACAGUAGACCGUGAGGUCAAGGAUAAGACUGAGGCAGAACCAAGAGAGGGGGAGCUAACGGUUUGUGAGAGUCCAGUUGUGAAGCUGAUUGGCUAUGAUGGAGACAUUACACAAAGAAAGCUGGGAGAGAGCCAUGCCUACCUGAAUGGGGCUGAGGAGUUGGUUGUGUUUCCAUUGACAGAUGAAGCCCAGAAAGCUUUUAGUGAUCUGACCACAGUAGGAUUACUGCAGCAGGAACUGCAUGAUUCAGAGCUGCGGGUCCAGAGUGCCGAGCAGCGAGCCCUGAAGGCUGAGGAAGCCCUACAGGCAGCAUUGGAGAAGAUUCAGGACCUGGAGAAACAACUGCAGGGUCGGCCCAGUCUGGAUCCCAAAAGAAGUAAAGAGAAAAAGAAAACGCCACCACCUUCCCCACCCCCAGUAACACCCCCAGCUCCUCCAAAGAAAACUUCAGCUGAAGCCAAACUAACAAGCAGCACCAAAAGGACCAAGAAACGGUGAUCUGAUGUGUGAUCAGAUGGUGUUACAACUUUAUAUGUAUGGGAAUGUCCAGUUAUCACUUUUAGGUUUUUAGGACAUAAAACAUAAAACACAACAAUAAACAAAAAGUACCAUUUGCCAGGGUAAAUAUAAGUAUAAAAUAUUUCCACUAUCACAAGGUCACCGAUGUCACCAUUUAUAUAAUGGCUUGUUGUGGUUUUGCUUAACAUUGGGAUAUGUCUUUGAACUCUAUGUAAAGGCAAAAUAGUUUUUGUUACCUUCCAAAAAAUAAAGUCUCUGCAGAUAUUU